GCGGCGUCAGUCCCAGGCGCUCAGUCCGCUGAGAUGCGCUCGCCGAGACGGGUCGGGCACGUGCCCCUAGCGCUGUUCCUGCUUUUGCUGCCACUGCCGUUGCUCGCCGCGGAGAAAGACGGCCCAGAGCUGUGGGAGUCCGGUGACGUUGGCGGCGCGAUGCACGUGGACGGUGACGCGGCCUCGUUCGAGCGCGUGGAGCUGCGCUGUGGUGCGGAUGCGAUGCACGUGCACGUGGCGACGACGCGCGACUUCCGCGGCGUGCUGUACACGCGCGGCUCUUUCCAUGAGCGCCAGCCCCCCUGCUUCCUGGACGCCGACGGCGGCACCCGCUUCUCCAUGCAGCUGCCGCUCGACGCCUGCAACGCGCUCAACGAGGGCGACGUGCGGUACCGCAACGUGGUGGUGCUGCAACACGACGACGAAUUCGUGGCCCCUGGGGACGCCGCCUUCACGCUGGAGUGCGACUUCAGCCAGCCCCGGUCGGUCGCCGUCGCCGCAGACCUCAGCCCCGACAGCGGCAGCUCCGCAGACGGGAAACCCGUGCAAGUGAGCUCACGGAUCAGUCUGGUGGACCCAGAUCCCGCGUCUGACAGCCACAGGCAGCGCCGUGCUGAUGUUGACAGCGACUCUGAUUCUGUGUCGCUCACACCUGACGAUGUGCUGCGCCGCCGACGACGAAACGCCUCCAGUAAGGAUGAGCUCUGACCCUGGGCCAAAACACUCAGAGCCCUUGGGCAGACUCCAUUCCAUUUUAAUGAGAUGUGGUGGGCUCCUGACUCAAAGGCAACAAUUAACUCUCGCAGGGCAUUUGGUGUGCAGCUAUCAAACACAUAAUGCAGAGUUCAACAUAAUUAAAAACAGAAUAUUUACAUACAAGCAGGCAAUCUGUAAUCAAAGAUGUUUAAUUGUUUCUACUUCCUAUAAAGCAGUAACUAAAUACACGUCAAGGACUGAGUCACAUGACUCAGUAAUGAGAGGAUUCAUUCGAUUCUUCAUAGCAGUGUUAAGGAUCAAUAGUCCUUCAUGUUUGCAUUUUCAGUCUCUGUAAAGUUCUUGCAGAAAGUCAUUUUCCUGCUUAGCCUGCAGUUUUAUUUUUGAAAUGAACAAUUUAUUUUGUUAUGCAGAAAUUACCCAGUUUCUCCCCCCUUGGGCACUAUCAACCUACACCAGAAUAAAAACUGUUGCUUACAACACAUUGUAUUUGACACUUAAAUGUGUGGAGAAAGAGCAAUAUGUGAUAGAGUUCAUAAUAAGAGCUAUGCACAAUCAUAGUAUGUGUGGGCACAAUCAUCACAGAUAAUAAGACCGUAAGUAAAAUGAAAAAAAGUGCAACCAUUAAGUAGGUUGUGUCACUCUGUGAGCAUAAAUAACACAUAAAAAUAAGUUAGCACAACUAUGAUGAUACACUUGUGAUACUAAAUUGGUCGACACGUAUCCUAUUUUAUUUUAACUCUGCUGAUUGGGGGUUUAUGGAGUCUCAACAUCUAAGGUCAUCUUCUACUGUCCAUCACAGUAUCAGUGUACCCAUGUAUCUGCAUCUACAGUAAAUGCUGUGUGCAAGUGUCAUAAAGUUUUUGAAAUGUGAAGUGGGAUGUAGGUACGAGUCUGUAUGCACCUAGUGGGUUGUGGGAAACCACCUAAAAGCCAUAUCCAGGCUGAUUGGCACGCUAGCCCUCAUCAUUAAUCUGUGGGCAGAUUCGAACCAUGGUCGUCACACCUUCCUGUGUCCCAGAAGUGGUCACUUUGAAAUAUAUUGCUAUCUAGGGUGGUUAUUUCAUUUUAAGAUGUUGAUCGUUUUACGUGUGUCUUCACUCUAAUAUUUACACUUAUGUAUCUUAAUAUGUUUAUAUAUUCUGUUCAACGAGCAAACCCAUAUUAUGGUUGACCUUUUAACAAUGUACAUAUAGUCUUCAAACGUAGGACAGUUGUGCCCAUACUUACAGUCAUGUAAAACUGAUAUUAGGGCGCAGUCACCUGUUGCUUGUCUGCCAUAUUCAUUUUUUCAUCAUCUCGUCAGUAGCAAACCAGUAAGCAGAAAUAUUUUGUUGCUUGAUAAUGCGCAAGGGGAUGAAAUUAGCAAUCCUCAGGCACUGAAAUAAAGUCUUUAUUUCAAAAUAAAAUGUUACAUAUCAAAAUGAUUGCCUUUAAUAAACGUUAUUAAGGAACAAGAUAUUUCACUUAUUGCUUUUUUGUUGUGACCACUUCAGUAGAACUUCUAACCUUAUGUCAGAUCUGUAUCAAAAAUCUGAAAUACUAUAGUUGAAGUUUGAUCUUCAUCUGUCUUCCAUUUUAAACUAUGAACAUUGAUCAGAAUAGUUCUUAUUAUUAUGAUUACAAGGAAGAGUAAGGCCUUCCCUAUAAAAAAUUUAGGGAAAAUUAAAUAAUUAAAAAAUCAUGAAAUUAUAUUUCAGUAGCUCAAUAAACUGUAUUAGUUUCAUUUCUAUACAGAUUGUAAGUAGUCACUUAGAGCUAAAGAAAGAAUGGAAGUGACUCUCUGUGCCAUCAUCAAAACACUCAUUUCAUAUUUCCCACAAAAGUUUUCUUACUUUUCACCAUGCAGCAGUGUGAGACAGAAACCGGCAGCAUAGAUUUAUUGCAUAUGGCAACUGGCUGCAUCACAUAUUUCCAUUGUGUUAUUCAUAGUAAAACAUGACUAUCAUGAGUGAGAAUUCUUCAGGAAACAUAAAUUAACAAGGUUAUAUGAAAAAUCUCUGUUGUAAGUACUUCCUUAUUUUGAAAUGACAAAUGAUCAUUGACUCACUUUAGUUAAGUGCUUAGCUUUGAUUAUCAGCAUUGAAGGCCAACUGCAUAUGUGAGUAUUAACAAAGGGAAAUUAGCCAUGUAAGAAGUAUUACAAAACAUUACUUUACUGGCUCAUCCUUAAAUUUAGUCAUAUUGACAGAAAUUGUUUGUACUCAGGGUGAGACACAAUAAUAAAUAUAAAUACUUAAAGUAAA